GUAGCUUCCUCUCCACAGGACUGUGGUGUUUGGUACAGUAGGUGUUCUUAUCAUCUGGUCAGGUAAUAACAGAAAACGGGCAGUGAAAAGUGUUGAUGUUACUGUAGACGUUAACAUUGAAGAUGAACCUGUUGUCAAAAAGGGAAGGGGUCAGGCCAAGAAGAAGCAGGCAGUCCAAGAAGUUGAGGCUCCAGCCAGGAGAGGAAGACCAAGAAAAAACACCAUUGGCAUGGCAGUGAAAGCUGAACCAGAGGUCAAUGAUGCCCAAACUGUUGAACAGAAAGCAACUGUUAGUAAGAGGGGGGAAAAGAGAGGAAUAAAGGUAGAAGAAGAAAUCAAAGAAGAAUAUGAUGUACAAAAACCAUCUACCUCAAAUGGCACAAGAGCAAAAGGAACAAAGAACAAGAGUAAAGCACCCAAGAAAGCUGUCAAAGAGGAAACUCCAGAGGAGCCCUCUGCUGGGAAAGUUCCAGGUGGGAAGAAAGCAAUAGCUAAAGGAAAAAAAGGAGAAAAGGGUUCAAACACAUCAAGUGAAGGAAAAGAGAAUAUUAAUUCCAAUAAUAUUCAAAUUGAAUCUAGUAUCAAGUCAGGUGCAGAGAGAGUGGUUAUACUGAAGGGUCGAGCACCAGUAGAUGCCCUGUGCCCUAUAGCAAACCAUUCACACAUUUACGAUGAGGGUGAUGAUAUCUGGGACUGCAUGCUCAACCAGGUAAUUAAGGUUUUUGAAUCUCAUUAUUGUUAUGUUGAGUGCAAGUUGGAAAUCAGAGUACGAGCUUUAAUUGAGCUAAUUUGUGAUGUGCGUGCAAUGGAGGCAACUGUUGUAGAGAUGAAGUAUGAUGCAAAGAAGGCUCCUCUUGGAAAACUUACCACAGAGCAAAUCAAAGCUGGCUAUUUGGCACUCAAGCGUAUAGAUGAUCUAACUAAAAGUGGAAAUUACAAACAAAUGGAAUUAGUGCAUGCUUGCAAUGAUUUCUAUACCAGGGUUCCACAUUAUUUUGGAAUGAAGGUUCCCCCUUUGAUUCGCACAAGAAAUGAAAUUCAAGAGAAAAUGGCAUUAUUGGAAGCACUUGGUGAUAUCCAAGCAGCAAUGAGCUUCCUCGACCAAGCAAUUGAUAUCAACAUUCAUCCUGCAGACCAGCACUAUGAAGGACUUAAGUGUGAUAUAACCCCACUAGAGAAGAAUUCUGAUGAUUUUAAGGUAAAAACCAUUACAGUAUUAAGAGAAGAGGCUGCGAUACAAAUAGGAUUUGUUGUUGUAGUUUAUAUUUUAAACACUAAGACCUUCUCCAUACAGGGAAAGGGAAGUUUCAGUGAUUUUGUUCAAAUUGAAAACAGCUGCAAGACAAUGAUGAUGGUGGUGAUGAUGACUAAAAGUUUACAGUCUGAUGGAACAUUGGUCCCCAUGGGACCCGGUGAACAAACAGAAAUAAAAAAUUCCAGGGGCUAUACACUCAUGUACAACGAAUACAUAGUUUAUGAUCCUGCUCAAGUGCGAACAAGAUUUCUUCUCAAAAUCAAAUUCAAUUUCAAAUAUUAGUUCCUAUUCAUGACUGAACUUUUGUGUGCUAACCUUUAUUUUAUAUACUUUUGACAGGCACAACAAAUAUCAAGUACAGAGAGCCCCAAUUUUUACUCUGUGAUUACUGCCCACCACUUAAAUGCAGUUUUCAGUGUACCUUGUAGACACAAAUGUUUGUUUUGAUA